GGUCCUGCCCCCCCCUCCGGCCCGGUCCUGCCCCCGCCCCGGCUGCCUCCCCGGCUCUCCCCCCAGCUCGGCGGAGGCGCGGCGGAUGGGCCCUGCCCGGGCCGAAGAUGUCUGGCAGCUCCUCGGGAAGGCCGGCAGCGCCGGCGGAGGUAGAAGACUGGUUGGCACGUUCAUUUGAUGACUUCUUUGGAAACACAAAUAUUUCUUCUGCCAUUUCUGUGAAGCAACUGGAAGGCAACUCUGGAAGCCACCGGCAGCAGAAGAAGGACCUGUCUGCUGUGCCAGAAGGUGGCAAAAACAAAGUUCUGCCUAGAAAAAGAGCAAAGUUGUCUUCAGGAGACCUGCCUUGUAGCAAGUCCAGGCAGAACUGGAGCCAGACUCAAGAAGAGCCAUGGGUAGACAGAUACAAACCUGAAACCCAGAAUGACCUUGCUGUGCAAAAGAAGAAAAUUGAAGAAGUUGAAGCCUGGUUAAAAAUGCGCUUAUUUCAGAGGUUGCCCCUCCAGGGUGGCUCUGUUUUGCUGCUGACUGGUCCUCCUGGUUGUGGGAAGACUGCAACUAUUCAAAUAUUAGCAAAAGAUCUUGGUGUUCAGGUGCAAGAAUGGACCAACCCAGUAUCUUUAGACUUUACAAAAGAAGACUUGAGAAAUAUGCUUGACCAUGACUCAAAUUUCCAUACAUUUCCAAGUCAGGCCCAAGCAGCUGUCUUUCAGGAUUUUCUGUUAAGAGCAAAUAAAUAUAACAAGCUUCAGAUGCUUGGGGAAUCCUCAGAAAAUUGUAAGAAGCUCAUUCUUAUCGAAGACAUCCCUAACCAGUUCUAUCGGGACCCUAGCAGUCUACAUGAAAUCCUCAGGAGAUUCGUUCGUACCAGUCGGUGUCCCCUUAUAUUUAUAAUCUCAGAUAACUUCAGUGGAGACAGCAACCAGAGGUUGCUAUUCCCAAUGGAAAUUCUAGAGGAGUUGUGUAUAUCCAGUAUUAGUUUCAAGCCUAUUGCACCAACAAAUAUGAUGAAAGUCCUUAAUCGAAUAGCUGCAACAGAAGCCAGUAUGAACAGAGAAAAGAACAAUGCUCUUGAUAGAACUUCUCUGGAGUUGAUUUGCAGAGGUUGUUCAGGUGAUAUAAGAAGUGCAAUAAACAGUCUUCAGUUUUAUUCCAUGAAAGACUGUUCAUUGGAGAAGGAGUUUUGGUCAAGGAAGAAAAGGAGCUCCAUGCUAAAAUGUGAAGGAGCAGCAGGAUCUAAAGAAAAAAAGAAAAGUAAAUCUGAUAACUUGGAAGACCAGGAGAUACAAGCUAUUGGUGGCAAAGAUGCUUCCAUCUUUCUUUUCCAUGCUCUGGGGAAAAUAAUUUACUGCAAAAGAGAAGCAGUGUCAGAAUCAGAAUUUCCGCAGCUGCCUGCUCACUUGUCAGAACACCGCCGAGACACCUUGCUCAUUCAGCCUGAGGAUAUUGUGGAAAAAUCACACAUGUCUGGAAGCAUGUUUAAUUUAUACCUUCACCAGAACUACGUAGACUUUUUUUCUGAUAUAGAUGAUGUAGUGAGAGCCAGUGAAUAUAUGAGCACUGCUGAUGUCCUUUGUAGUAACUGGAGUACACGGCUUGUGAUGGAAAAAUACAGUGCAUCUGUGGCUACCCGAGGGGUCAUACAUGCAAAUACAUCCAGAGCCUUUGCCCACCACCAAGGAGGGAUGGGGUUCCGGCCUUUACAUAAACCUCAGUGGUUCUUUAUCAAUAAAAAGUAUCAAGAAAAUUGCCUUGCUGCAAAAUCUCUGUUUUCAAGCUUCUGUUUAACACCUGAGUGUCUUCAGACAGAGCUACUGCCUUAUCUUGCUAUGUUGGCAAAUCCAAUGAGAAACCAAGCUCAGAUUGCUUUUAUCCAAGACGUUGGAAGGCUGCCACUGAAAAGACAUUUUGGGAGGUUAAAGCUUGAAACACUUACUGACAAAGACCCUGGGAUACCAGACUUGUUUGCUCUCUCUGAAGGGGACCACGCUGAUGUGCAUGCUGUGGAGAUGGCUGCACAGGUGGAGCAAACCAGAACGAGUGAGAAUGAAUCAGAUGGAUUCCCUCUCUCCUCCAGCCAGUGCAGUGGAAGUGAGCUACCUUGCAGUCAGCCUCAGCCUGUUGCAUCUCAAGCAAUCAUGGAGGAAGAUGAACUAAAAAUAGAGGAAUACGACAGUGACUGAGUACAACAAAUUGUCAACCACUGACUUGCCUGAAUGGAUUAACAGGCCUUUGCUAAUGACAGCACUGCUUUAUCUGCUCAGGUGAGCCAGGAGGACAAGUCUAAACAUGCUGUGUCAGCAACCAGACACCUCCCCUGAGCUUCCUUGUAACUCUGCAGGAUCAGACCUGAGCUGAGUACUGAAUACAAGCAAUUCCUGAGCCAUAUAUUGAUAAAAAGGGGAUAAUAAAUGAUGAGUGAAAUUAAUUUGAAAGAGACUGUAGAUAAACAGCUUCACUCUUAAGUUAUUUUUAUUUUUUACACAUUUUAAUUUACUUUGCAAUUGUACAGUGUGUUUCCUGAGUACACAUUUCAUAAGUUGCCAGAAUUUGAAGAUUUUAUGAAAAUGCAAACCUUCAAAAUGAAUGUAAAAAGUUUGAUGUUUCAUAGUGGUGAUGUAAAUAAACCUGCUGCCCUAA